AUGGCCUCCGAACACAAGUCACUACUAACAGUGGUUGAAGACUUGACCCGUGUCAGGUCAGACAUUUCCCAACUACAGGCGACUUUCAACCAAAUUUUACUAAUCACUCCCACAUGGGAAAGAUACAAUGAUCUCGUAAACUUGGCCAAAUCAACUGGUCAAAAUUCAGGAGAACCACUACUCACCAUUGAAAAACUCAAGAACUUGGUUUUCACUCCGCAGACGAAAGUAGCUGUACGAUUGAAGCAAUUGUAUGAACUGAAUAAGCUACCUGUCUUGACUACAUUGGCACGGAUCAAUUUCAAAGCUAGUGCACAAGAAGAAGCGCAACAAAAGCUAGAUAUCCAGAAAUUCCUAAAUCUUAACCCAAAUCCCAAACAAAGACAAAGACUAACUGCUGCUGCUUCUGCUGCUUCUGCUGCAGCUACUGCUAAUGGGAAUGACUGGAAGGCUACCGAAUACUACUCAUACCCACCAACAUUACCGUUUAUCGACCAGCUGUUACUUCUUCGAAUAACUACUGACAAAUCUUACCGGAAACUAGUUGACUUUGUCCCCCCAUCCUCGCCGAAAUUCACAAACACACAUAAUGCCAAAUUGGUCGCCCAGGGGAAAUCAAUUUUGAAAUGCUUAUUGUUUGAAAUCUUGGAUGAAAAAUUCCCCAAUUUGUAUGAACAAGAUCUACAACUUAUACUCAAUCGCUUGACGUCACUGGAACUACUAGCUAAAUUUGCCUUUGUUUACGAUUUGGUUGAUCCAGUGAAGUACAAUUUAUCAGACUCUUCUCUGUUCCAAGAUGAACAAGGUCUUGAAAUAUGUGGUGGUAUCUUUGCCGCUUAUGUUGCUGGACUACAGGCGCCUGGGCUACAAGUUGCGCGGUAUGAGUUGGAUGAGAUCAAAAUUUGGUUAAAGAGAUUGUAUAAACCGUUGGUGGCGGAUUUAUUUGCCACUUCUAAUCCAGUUGCUAAAGUUGCCAUGGUUGAAUUCCAGUCAUUAGUAAAGCUGAUUACGUCGUUGGAUAAGGUUCCAUACAGGAAUAUCCAAUUUGAAGCUGUGGCGGUAAAUACCGAUCCAUUUGUAACGCAAAUCAUUGUCGAGGGGGAAAUUUUGGGGACUGGGACUUCGUCAAAGAGUUUUGAAGAAGCUAGAGAUCGUGCCGCGAUUGACAUUAUGGAAAACAAGGAUAUGAUUGUCCUUUUAUUCACAAUUAUCAAGAACAAUUAUCUCGAGAACAAACUGGACUUUGUUCGCGAAACGAUGUCGCCUCAGGUAAUUGAAUCUGAUAUUGAGCUGUUUCCUGCUGCUGCUGUUCAACCCAUGCUGGUGCCACGUGGUUUUGGACAAUCACUAAUGUUAAACCCCAGCACACAUUCUCCGCGUAUGAUACAACCCUUGCCGGGUCAAGUACCAAGGGACGAUCCAUAUCCUGAUGCAUCACAGCAAAUGACGAGGUAUGGACAUAGUCAGUCACCACCUCCACAGCAACAACCGCAGCAACAACCGCAGCAACAAGGUUAUAUGCACCAAUCGGGAUUACAAACACCGUACGCUGCCCAAUCUCCGCCUCCUCCCCAAGUCUAUCUGCAGUCACUUGUGCCAGCAGACAACAUAACCACACAGUUUGAUUAUGGAUUCGCAGAACCAGUGCCACAUAUCCCCUUAUCUUAUGAGGAUAUUGACAAGCAGGCGAAAGCCACCCUACAUUCGAUGCUUAAAGCUAGACAUUAUGACAAGUAUGAGCAUGUUCAACAAGCUACAAAAUAUAAUACCAUUGAAUAUUACGCCACGUGUAGUAUCGAUGGGCGCGUCAUCGGUUCUGGUGUUGAUAUAACAAAGAAGAAUGCGUUGCAAAAGGCGGCAAUGGCUGCAUUGAGGAAUACACCCGCUUUGAGGCAACUUGGUGUUAUUGAUUGA